AAUAUAUAUCGACAAUGGUACUUGCUUCAAUUGUGCCAAAAAUGCCUUCAACUCUAUUGAUAAUACUGUUACCAUAUUAAUGGCUAUAAUACUAAGAAUAUCCUUAUUCUAACAUUGGAUGAAAAUUGAGAUAAAAAAUCAACUUUUCCAGUUACGUUUUCAUCUAAAUGAAAGAAGAAAAUAUCAUUUUUGUACUGUCAGUUUGAUAAAAUUGGUUAUUGAAUUUUGUCAAAGAGCAUUUUUAUCCUCGCCAAUUGAAAAAUUUAACAAGAAUGCCACCUCCAUUUAUACUCGAAAAUAUACACGAAAAUCCAAUGGAUCUUCGCCCUAAAGUAACUUUGUACACAAAGAAAAAGUUUAUCCCAGCUGUUAAAGUAACAGGAUGGGAAAACUACCAAUAUUCACAACCUGUAGAUAAUAAUCCUUACAGUCCAGAGAAUUACAAUCUCUUCAGGUCUCACUACAAUCAUUGCGGUAAUAACUACGAUGAUAAUUGGUCUACAACCACAGAAGAUAUGUUAAAACAAGUCUUCAAAAGAAGGAAAGAUUUAGACAUUAAUCCUAAUAAAUUAUUGGUUAACGUUUAUACUGGGAUCGAAGUUUCAAAACCGGAAUCAAAAUACAAUUUCGAUGAUUCUUAUGUCUCUACAAUGCAUAGCAGCUUCACAACUCCAUAUCCAUAUCGUAUGAAAGGGCUCUCCUUAGCGGAUCCACCAUAUUUACAGAACAGAAGAUUCUCCAGCGUUCCGAAUUGUAAAUUUUUAGAUGAUAACUUCAUCAAAGACACAAAAAAUCUUCAGAAGCAUAAAAUGUUUCGACAUGUUUCCUACAAUUGCUGUACCAACAAAUUCACAGAUGGAAGUUCUCAAAAUGCCAGUCAAAAUAAAUGUUGUGAUUUAAAUUUCUAUCAAACGGAAACGGAACCUUGUAAGCAACUAAAUGUAAUGAAUCAGUGAAUACUGGAAAUAUAUGCUUAUGAAAGUG